AAGGCGCAGGCGAGCGCGGUUUCCUCCUCCUGGGGGAAAGGAGCAUGUUUGGAGUGGCCUGAGUGACUGAGUGACUGGAUCUUGCCGCAUCUGCAAUCUGAUUAUCGCUUAUCGCAUUCAUCUGCAGCUGAUGCCGUUCGACGUCGACAAGUUGCUGGAGAAGGCGAUGGCGUGCCAGCCCCUCGACGAGAUGGCCAUCAGGCUGCUGUGCGAGCGGGUCAAGCGCAUUCUAGCGGAUGAGAGCAAUGUCAAGACCGUGCCGACGCCAGUGACUCUUGUGGGCGACGUGCAUGGGCAGUAUUUCGAUGUGCUGGAGCUGCUCAAGAUUGGCGGCCAGGUGCCCUUCACCAACUACCUCUUCCUCGGUGAGGAAAGACCGACAGCAGGCAUUCUCUGGUCGUGUGUGCAUGUCUGUGUGUGAUUGCGUUGAUCAGGUGACUAUGUGGACAGGGGUUCUCACAGUGUGGAGACCAUCACACUGCUCCUCUGCCUGAAGCUCAGGCACCCGCACCGAAUCACCCUACUCAGAGGUGACGACCAAAGACCAACACUUGCCCAUAGUGGCUUGGUCGGUUGGUCAUGCAGGCAACCACGAGUCCCGGCAGAUAACCCAGGUGUAUGGGUUUUACAACGAGUGUCACCGCAAGUACGGCAACGGGGUGGUGUGGCAGUGCUUCACCGACCUCUUCGACUACCUGCCCAUCGCCGCACUCAUCGACAACACAUACCUGGCCGUGCACGGCGGGCUCAGCCCAUCCAUUCACACACUAGACCAAAUACGGUGGGUGGUUGUUGAGGGGAGAGAGGGUGUGGGGCGUGCAUUCCUCGUUUCAUGGCUGUGCUGUUCCUUUGUUUGCGUCCGUCUGUCAGGAUAUUGGAUCGGUUUACGGAGAUCCCGCACGAGGGGCCGCUGGCAGACUUGAUGUGGAGCGACCCAGACGACGACAAGGAGGGUAAGCAACGGCACACGCACACACACAUACACCACGGACUCACUCACCCGCCGUUUCCUGUGUGCAAAAAUGAAGGUUUUUCGGUGUCGCCCCGCGGUGCCGGCUACGUGUUUGGCAAGGACAUUGCCGCGACGUUCCUGGAGAUCAACGGCAUCGAACAGCUCAUACGGGCCCACCAACUCUGCCAAGAGGGAUACCUGGUGCGUAGGCGACACAUGGACGCACAGGCACUCUACUCGCCAUGGGAGUCCCCUUGUCUUUGAAUUGUGUCAGGUGUCAUUGGGCGGUCGUGUGGUGACGGUGUGGAGUGCCCCCAACUACUGUUAUCGCUUCAACAACGCCGCGUCGUGCCUGGAGAUAUACGAAGAUAGAACCAAGUGAGCACGGCGGACCGACAGAUGAGCUAAUGGACGCAGUGUAUCCCCUUUGCUGGUUGGUCAGGUUCUUCAAUGUGUAUGGCCCAGCUCCAGAGUCUGAGCGCGCGGCACCGCCGCCAGUGGCGCCGGUACGCGUGCAUGAUUGCAUCACACCACCCACCAUGAGCAUCCUUGUGUAUUGCCUUUCAGCAACAGCAGCAACAGCAACAGCAGCAGCAGCAGCAACAACAGCAACAGCAGCAGAGCCAGCAGCAGCAGCAGCAGCAGGCGUCCGGCAGUAACCCAUCGCAGCAAUCGAGCAGCCCCCAGGGGAGCUCUCAGACAAGCCAGUCAUCAUGGCAGACCUCAGCGUCGCCCAGCAGCAGCAGCAGCAGCAGCAGCGGCGGCAGCGGCAGCGGUCCAUCUCAGGGCGGCGGUGGCGGUGGACGGCAGAUGCCCUCGCCCCCCGUGUGCCAGCCGCCGUCCGCGUCGCGUGAGGGCGGUGGAGUGCGGCGAAAGGGCGGCAAUGGUGUGGGAGCGAUGAGGAGGGGGCAGGUGCAGGUGGCCGACGGUGGCGGGGGCGGGAUGGGCGGCACUGCGGUUGGGGUGAGGUACUUCACCUGAUGAGAUGUGAUGGUACGGCAUUCGUGUGUGGCCGGUGGGUGUACAGCGGAGGGGUGGCAGUCGUGUGGUGUCUAUAUGCGUGUGUGCAAGUGGAAGUGAGAGUGAGGUGGGUGUACUUUCUUCAGAUCAGAUCAUCUGUGUCAGAUACAUGUGACCACUGCACAUGGCAGACAGAUCGCCCGUUCGUUGACGCAUUGCGCUUGUCCAGACCGUCCAGGCUGUGGCACACACAGUGCAAUAAGCUCAGCUGUGGUUAUCCAUCUGCGGGCCGGAUUCUCCAUUUCCUCAACGCUCUCUCUCUCUCUGAAAGACAGCAGAGCGCAGAAGCCACCGGUGUGUGCCCUCUGCGCUCUGCUGUCAGUCAGAGAGAGAGAGAGAGAGAGGGGUCGGUUGAGGGAGGAUGCGAUAAGACAGUGUGAGCAGGUCAGACAUACAUACAUGUGAUGCGAAUACGGGCAGAGGUCGUCUGAGUCUCACCCCAUCUCUGAGUCUCACCCUAUCUCUGCCCCUAUUCACAUCACAUGUAUGUAUGUGCUAGGUAUGGACACCAAAGGGUCUGUUUGUCAUUCCUGAUAUCAUCAGAGUAUGUAUGGAAACAGUCAACACCCACAUGCAUUCUCGUCGCGGACAACGACAGGUGUACAUGUCGCGACGGAUGGAGAGACCCAAAAAUCUCGGCCACCCAUGCCAACACAAAAAAAGUCGUUUACACGCAGUCUCG